AUGACUCACUGCAGUGCUGAUAGAGUUAUGUUGAGAAGGCAUUCCUCAAGCCAAGUUCUUCCUUAUGGAAGUAAGAGACUUUGGUGCAAGAUGUUUCUCUGGAGCCAUAGGAACAUACAUAGAGCUAUUUCAAGCAAAUCAACACAGGUGAAUCCUGGUGUGGCUGUAACGCACAAUCCAUACGGGUACUCUUCCGACACCCUUGAACCGAAGCACAAGCAGUCACCAGGAAAUGUGGAAUGCUUAAUACGCUUAGUAUGUUCGCAAUUGUUGAUUCGCGGUGAUGAACUAAUUAUGCGUUUGGGUGUUCUAAGAGGCGGCGCAGAGGUGGCAGUGAAGCGAAUAUCACAAGAGAAUGACGGCGUGAGAGAGUUCCUAGCAGAAAUUUCAAGCCUUGGAAGAUUGAAGCAGAGAAACUUGGUUGCUCUGAGAGGAUGGUGCAAGAAAGACAUGGGAAAUUUCUUGUUAGUUUAUGAAUACAUGGAUAAUGGGAGUUUGGAUAAGAGAGUGUUUUGUGAUGAGAGCAUGAUGCUGAACUGUGAAGAGAGAAUAAGAAAUAUCAAAGGUGUGGCCUUUGCUGUGUUGUAUUUGCAUGAAGGUUGGGAAGAACAAGUUCUGCAUAGGGACAUCAAAGCCAGCAAUGUGUUACUUGAUAAGGAUAUGAAUGGAAAGCUUGGAGACUUUGGAUUAGCAAGAAUGCAUAGCCAUGGCCAAGUUGCUAGCACAAGAAAGUUGGUUGGAACAGUUGGUUACAUGGCUCCAGAAGUGAUCAAGACCGGACAAGCCUUGACUCGCACGGAUGUGUUCAUGUUUGGAAUCUUGAUUUUAGAGGUCAUGUGUGGAAGGAGGCCUAUGGAAGAAGGUAAGCCACCUCUUGUGGAGUUUGUGUGGGGACUAAUGGUUAAAGGGGAACUAAUGAAUGCACUUGAUGAGAGGUUAAGUGCUAAAGGAGACUUCAAUCUGCAACAAGUUGAGAAGGUUCUUCAGUUGGGAUUGUUGUGUGCAUACCCUGAACCAAAAUCAAGACCAAAUAUGAGACAAGUUGUGAGUAUUUUAGAAGGGAACAAUGAGGGAGGAGAAGAAUCAGAGAAUGAGAAUGCGGAUACUUCCCCAGCAAUCAGCAUCUCCUUCGUCUCCUUCGUCUCAUCUCUCUGCUCACUAUCGCGAUCUCAAGCUUUCUCCCUCUCUCGUCUCGGGUCUCGCACCCAAGGUUUUCGUCGCUCUCCGUGUCGCCAGUCGUCACCAUCUUGCACUCAGUCGCACUCGCACGCCUUCCCUGAGCUCGUUGUCGCCGGCGGCAGAAGCACCCAGACCCGGGACUGGUCGUCGUCGUCGUCGCUCCAUGGCUCCUCACCGUCUCGGACUUAG